AUGCCUUCUGCGUCGCAGAGGGUCUUAGUGACAUACGCUGCGCCAGCUGUGUUUCUUUCGACAGACCACUGGAAACAACUCUAUGCAGCUCUACUGUCGCAAUUGCCUCUGCGCAACAUACACUGGAAGUCUCCGUCCCGACCUACCAUCCGCACCAUCCAAGAAUUGGAUGUCAAGUUCGUCGCCUCGGAGAGCUUUCGGGACGAACCUUCGUCCCAGGUCCCACAGACUCUGCUGGAGAAACCUUUGCUCAAUCUAUACAUUGUAGCGUGCGAGGAUAACGAAACAUACAAGAACUCCGUGAAGAGGCAGAUCAGAGACUGGCACGCGUCUGUUUCUCAGCGCAAGAACCAAGAAUGGCUGAUCAUCCAUAUUGUACGGCCUGAAGGCAAAGCCACGCAAGGAAGGAUGUUCCAGAUGAAGGCAUCUGUACUCGAUAGGAUCAGAGCUGACUUCAAUGCGGACAAGAGAGACAGAUGUGUGCAGCUGGUCUGGGCAACGGACUACGAGAGUCCUACUGCGUGGGCUGAGCUCAUCAGCAAAGUCAAGGAAGGCAUUCUGUCGGCCUUCGACUCCGCCCUUACACAGCGGGAAGAGGAGGUCAAGCGUUCCGAGGGUCAGCGACAAAUGCCUGGAUGGAAUUUUUGUACUUUCUUCAUAUUGAAGGAAAGUCUUGCAAUGUCGUUUGAAGGCAUGAAUUUGUUCGAAGAUGCCCUCCAACAAUAUAACGAACUCGAGGCUGCCUUCUUCCAGGUACUCCGAGAGAAGAACCUUUCGUGGUUCGGAGCCCUUAUCUCGCCAAAUCCUAAGGACGACUCCUUGCCUCUCCUGUCUGUUGCGAAGAAGCCAUAUCGCGAUUUAAUUCUUGCUAAUUCAAUAUCAGUCUUCGACUUCCGAACGUACUUACUGGCUAGGCAAUGCAACAUUUUGAGUAAACUUGGAGAUGUGGUCGAAAUCGGGAGCAAGGCUGUCACAUUUCUGAGCAAUUUUGGCAGGCGUCUUCGAGAGAUUGACGAUACACUGCCUGCCUUUUUCGUGGAGUCAUGGACGUACUCGUCUGCGCUCAGCGUGGUCGAGCAAUGUGACACUUGGGCGAGCAAGCAUCAGAUGGAUAAAGCAGGUUUGGCCCGUUUCAGUGCUGUAAAGGGAGAGCUACUUGACCUAGCGCGACAACAGCUCGAUGUCAUUGGGAUAAAAGUUGGAUAUUUACCCUGCCGCCCUCCCUUCACCAUUCCCUUCCCACUAGAGCGGACUACUGGCUCAAACGCGCAAGAAAAACGCAAUUCUCAAAGCAUCUCGUGCGGGGACCUCCUCUCAUCUUUGCAUGACAAGGAGACAUUCUACGACCUCUACGUUCAGAUUACAAAUCGUGCCAUAGAGUUGUACGCCAGCGCAGGAAGACGUAAGUUUGCGCUGAAGCUGCACGGCAGUCUAGCUGCUCUAGAUGUCCACCGCAACCGGCUAUCCAGCUCUUUCCAGACGUACAAAUCUCUCCCGGCGCACUAUGCUCCGCAUGGAUGGACUUCUCUGGAGGCGUUCAUGCUCACACACGCGCUGAAUGUGCAUGCUUCCGCCAAGCAGACCAAAGACGUAGACUGGAUACACCUCGUUCUAGAAUUUCUGAAAGCAUACGUCGAGGAUAUAGGGAAAGAUCUAUUGACAGACGAGGCUGACCGCAGGUCCUACGUCUCUGGUCUCUUCUCUGGUCUCGUAGAAGCUGCGGAAGGGCUGCAGUCAGACAUGUUCCAAUUGGACCAUCCCGCGAUAUCAAUCAGUGUCGCCGACAAAAAUGCGCGAUUGGCGGAAACACGGGACGGCGCGUUGGUAGAUGUGCUGGUGCACAAUCAUUUACCCUGUGACCUACCCAUCGAUGAAGUGACAAUUAUUGUAAUUGGUCGUGAAGGCACUAAGCUAUCGUUCUCCGAGAAACCGGGUGCUCUUGCAUCGGGAUCAACCAAACUGACUCUCUUCUGCCCAUCGUCAGCUUCGGGGACGUACGCCCUUCACAGCAGUCAGAUCAAGAUUGCCCGCCUCGUUCUUCAAUGGAAGGAUAAUAUGAUUUCGACUUGGAUCAAACAGCAGUCGGUAUUCAAGAGGCUCCCAUCCCUCGUGCGGAUACCAAAGGAUCUUCAUGCUCUGGACGUGCGUCUACGCCAACCACCUCGCAUUGAACUCGGCACCCCUCCGUGUAUCAUGGUCAUCAUCCGCACCGGACGGAACGACAUUUCUACUGUCACUUUAAAGCUUUCCGCUCCCUCUGGUAUUCGGUUCCACUUUGCAGAUACUAGCUUGGAAACUGAACAGGAUGCUACUGUCCACUCCACCGACGCUUCUGUCACUCUUACUGACGUUGGGAAUGGGAAGGCCGUCGUUAUGUCGAUACCUCAUUCUGAUGCCUCCAGCCUCCAGUUCAUGAGAGUCAAUAUCAGUGUCGAAUAUGUAACGUCUGCGGAGCCGACAAUUACCAGAAUACUCAAGUUGGGAAGGGUAGUUGCCACAGGGUUACCCGUCACCAUCAAUGUCGAAGAUUUUUUUCGCGGUACAAGGCUAUUCACCCGUUUCACUCUAUCCACCACGUCUCACCAGCACAUUCGCAUCCGGUGCACUCGACUACAGCCUAUUAAGUACGAUGCUGAUGGCGUCAAGAUUACGAGCUGUCUCUCUCAGAAACCUGCCAUCGUCACAAUCACGCCGAAUCAACCGGGGAAGUUCUUGUUCCAGCUUGACUCUGCAAGAGGGCAAGGGCGGGAGUCAUUGCAGCUGCAAAUAGAAUACCGGAUGCUUCGUGAAGAAGUGGAAUCUUUAGUUGAUCUCUCAGUACAACAAGUCUUGUUGGAAUCACCAUCACUGGAGCCUCAUUGCGAUGAGCUCAUUGACAAGGUGAUACAAGCCCUUGAAGGUGAUGCAAAGUGGAUUGAACUGUAUAGUAUCACCGGAGAGCUCGUGGUCCCCGGGUUGCCCGACGAAGAAGGUGAGGUGGGUGCUGCACUACAUCGACUCAAAGAGAUUCUCAGCAUGGACAGAUCAGGUCAAUUUACAUUCGGAGAAUGGCGAGAAGUUAUCAUUCCGGUUGACGUGCCGCGGAUGCAUAUACUCGCUGCUGCUCGUCUGCAAAUCCUUCCCAAUCCAUUCUCCACGGUGUCAGUUGGCAAGGUACCUCGUUUAUUUGCUGGUCAACCUAUAUCUGCUGUGGUUUCUGUCACGACUUCGUUCCACUGGGCACCAGCAGAAGACUCGAACAACGAGACAUACCACUUGCGCUACGACAUCGAGGAGAUGACACAGGAUUGGCUAGUCUGUGGGCGCAAAAGGGGAGAUUUCAUCGCGAAGGACGGACAAACGUUCACGAUAGCCAUAACUCUUAUUGCACUACAUCAUGGGGAACUUGCCCUUCCGAAAGUUGGGAUCACGGCGCUACCAAUUCCAGGCGAGAUGAGGAUGAGGUCCAUGGUCCUACCGAGCUGUGAGACGUACCAGUUGCACGGUGCGGAGAGAGUACUUGUAUCGCCUAGGGGGGGUCGGAGUACGUUCGUAGUCAGUAUGGGGCAGGAAGGCGUAGUUGCUUGA